AUGACAACUUCGUCCAAGAAUGCAUUAACACCAUAUUUGAAAAAAUUGGUAGUAGAGCCGCCUACUUUAGAGCCUAAAGAUUUGUCAGAGGCACUUGAACUUAUUUUCAGUGAUAUUCCAUCAGAUAUUCAAACUGCAGCAUUUUUAAGCUGUUUGAGGUUGAGAGGGCUAGAUCAGGAAGCUGAUUAUAUCGCUGCUGCAGUCACAACAGUAUUGCAUUUUGCCAAAACCAUUCCUCCUGAGUUGGUGGAUUCUAAAGGAUACAUAGAUAUUGUUGGGACUGGUGGUGAUGGCCAAAAUACGUUCAAUGUUUCUACAUCAUCUGCCAUUGUGGCUGCGGGAAUGGGUUUACCAGUAUGCAAACAUGGUGGGAAGGCCUCCACUUCGUCUUCGGGAUCCGGUGAUUUGUUAAAGUCGUUGGGUGUGGACUUGUCGCAUGUAAACGAAGUCACCACGCCGGAAAUCGUUAAAAAAUCAAAGUUUUGUUUCCUAUUUGCACCUUCCUUUCACCCGGGGAUGGGCUUGGUUGCUCACAUUAGAUCACAAUUGGGUGUGCCUACUAUUUUCAAUAUUUUGGGACCACUAAUCAAUCCAAUACCGCUUAGAGCUAGAGUCUUGGGGGUGUACAGCGAAAAGUUGGGUGAAUCUUAUGCACAAGCAGCAUCGAUCUUGGCAAAGAAAAAUCAAACACAUGAAAAGACAAUGGUUGUGUUUGGAGAAAUUGUCCUUGAUGAAAUUUCACCAAUUGGAUACACAAAGACAUGGACAAUUGAUAAAAGCGGUAAAAUCGAACGUAAUAGAAUAUCACCUAAAGAUUUUGGGUUACCAGAACAUGAUUUAUCCACAGUGAAAUCAGGAACACCGCAACAAAAUGCCGAAAUCUUAUCACAUAUUUUGAAUCAAGAUAAUGAUGAAUUUAAAGUGAAGCAAGAUGGCAAUAACCACCCAUUGGUUGACUAUAUCUUAAUGAAUAGUGCAGCAGUGGCUGUAGUAUCGGGGAUAGCUGAUAACUGGGUAGAUGGUGUGGCGUUAGCCAAAGAAUCGAUUGUAAGUGGUGCAGCAAAGAAAGCACUCGAAGAUUUUCAAAACAGUUCAAAAGAAGUUUUAUAA